UCUCUCUCUAAACAAACAGCGUCAAUUUCCAAUUAUCUUAUAGUCUGAUCGACCUCUCCUUCUUCGAGUUUGUUUGGCGCCCUUAAUUCCACGCCACGAAUCACGUUUCUCUUUCUCUCAUCUCUCCCAAUGCACGAUUAAUCCUCUCUUCUCCGAAUCGAUCUUCAUACAAACUCUACCAGCAUCACUUGGAAUUUGUGACCGAUGACUGUUGUAGCUUCUAGAAUUCGAAUUGACGGAAACAUGCCAUUCGUUUCUGAGAAUCAUGAUGAUGAACAGUCUCCGGCAUCAUGUUCGGAUCAAUCCUCAAUCUCGUUGGAUGUCCAUGUAGGAUUAGCAGAGAGAGCUUUCUCUGCAGCUGGAGCUGCUGUCAUCUCUGCUGUUAUUAUGAAUCCUCUUGACGUUGCUAAGACACGGUUGCAAGCACAGGCUGCUGGUGUUCCAUACAAUGCUUUAUGUGGCAUUGAAUGUUCUGAAUCUGAUCAAAUGAUUUCAAAUAUGAGAAGUUCUUCAUCCAGUUAUCGUGCAGUUCUUGGUGCUGAUGCUGAAUCAGCGUGUCCUCGUGAUUGUUCUAGGUAUAAAAGCACUGUGGAUGUUUUCUACAAAGUUAUACGCCAGGAAGGAAUUUCAAGGCUUUGGAGAGGCACAAAUGCAAGUUUAGCUUUAGCUGUGCCUACUGUUGGGAUUUACUUGCCCCUAUAUGACAUAUUACGGAAUGUCAUGGAAGAAUAUACAUCAACAAAUGCACCGAGUGUCAUGCCUUAUACCCCAUUAGUAGCAGGCUCAAUAGCAAGGUCAUUAGCUUGCAUUACUUGUUACCCUGUUGAGCUAGCAAGGACCCGAAUGCAGGCAUUCAGGGAUGCACAACAUGGUGUUAAGCCUCCAGGAAUUUGCAAGACAUUGGUUGAAAUCGUCUCCCCAGUCAAUAGUAUAAACAAGACUAAAAGUUUACAAAGUUACCGGAUUUUGUGGACUGGUCUUGGUUCUCAACUUGCACGUGAUGUGCCCUUUUCUGCAAUCUGCUGGUCAACAUUGGAGCCUUUGAGGCGAAGAUUCCUGAAAGUUGCUGGCGAUGAAAACAAUGCAGCUAGUGUCCUCGGGGCAAACUUCUCUGCUGGCUUGAUUGCAGGCAGUCUUGCUGCUGCAGCUACUUGUCCUUUAGAUGUGGCAAAAACAAGGAGACAGAUAGAGAAGGAUCCACAUCGUGCACUAAACAUGACCACAAGACACACUUUACUUGAAAUCUUGAGAGAUGGAGGAGUGAAGGGUCUUUUCACAGGAGCUGGCCCACGUAUUAUUCGCGCAGGACCCUCAACAGGGAUCGUCGUCUCCUUUUAUGAAAUCGUAAAAUAUGCUUUACAUCGCCACGACUCACCAACAAACACCACCACCAGCUAAGAGUAAGAGCUCCUAUUUCUUAUAGCCCACAAUCAGUAUAAGCUUGAUUAAAUUUGUAAUAAUGAAAUAAAAUGAGCCAAUUCUCAAGAAUUUGAUCCACGCUGGAGAUGAUUCUUAUAUGUAUCGAAGAUAGAGUGAGGAGAUAUUUGAUCUCUUAGACAAGACUCUUGACAAAAAAAAAAAUACCAUUUUUAUUAAAUUAAAAACCACGCUUACAUAAACAUCAUUGUAUUCCUUAGACUUGUUUAAUCUAUUUAAAAUGAAGACACAACUUUAGACUGAAGGCAAUAAUACUUAGUACAGUUCCUUGAUUUAGUAACCAGGGGGCUGAAACAUAAAUCAUAUAAAGUUUUUACACAUAUCUUAUUAAUGAUGCCAUAGAAAAGCUCCUAUAGCAAAGUUCCUCUUGUAGUCGAGAUUGCCUUGUACGGAUAGACCGUAGUCGGCAAGCAAGCAAUCGAGCUUCCAUUCGGGCAUGGACUCGUAUUGGGUUUUUGUGUACCUUGGGUAAUGCAGAGGCAUUUUGAACUCUCUCAAAUUCACGUUCUUCUUCUUCUUUUUCUCCUCAUCGCAUUCGUUUCCCACCUUGUAGGAUUGCAACC